AUGGCGGAACCACCGAAGCCGCUCCCGUUCGUCUACCAAUUCGCGGCUGGUGCCGUGGCAGGUGUCUCUGAAAUUUUGAUCAUGUAUCCUCUUGAUGUGGUCAAGACCAGAGUGCAGCUCCAGACCGGCAAGGCGGCGGGUGAGGAGGGUUACAAUGGAAUGGUGGACUGCUUCCGCAAGAUCAUCAAGAACGAAGGUGCCUCCAGAUUAUAUCGUGGUAUUAGCGCGCCUAUCCUCAUGGAGGCGCCGAAGAGGGCCACCAAGUUCGCGGCUAACGACUCCUGGGGCGCAUUCUACCGCAACCUCUUCGGCCAAGCCAAGAUGAACCAAUCGCUCUCUAUCCUUACCGGUGCGACUGCUGGUGCGACCGAGGCUUUCGUCGUUGUUCCCUUCGAGCUCGUCAAGAUCCGUCUUCAAGACAAGGCGCAGGCGCACAAGUACAACGGCAUGGUAGACUGCUUUACCAAGAUUGUGAAGAACGAGGGUCCUCUCACCCUCUACCAGGGUCUCGAGUCGACCAUGUGGCGCCACAUUCUCUGGAACGCCGGAUACUUUGGCUGCAUCUUCCAGGUCCGCACCCUUCUGCCAGAGGCCACCACCAAGCAGGGCCAAAUCACCAACGAUCUCAUGUCCGGUGCCGUUGGUGGCACUGUCGGUACCAUCCUCAACACCCCCAUGGACGUCGUCAAGUCGCGCAUCCAGAACUCCACCAAGGUCGUAGGAACCGUACCCAAGUACAACUGGGCAUGGCCCGCUCUCGGCACCGUCAUGCGCGAGGAAGGUUUCAGUGCUCUGUAUAAGGGGUUCUUGCCCAAGGUGCUCAGAUUGGGCCCAGGUGGUGGUAUCCUCCUGGUUGUGUUCACCGGUGUUAUGGACUUCUUCCGCCAGAUGCGUGGAGACAUCUAA